CAGGACCGCCUCAGCGCGUGGCCGGGGCGCCGCGCAACAGAGCCCUGGGACCGCCUCUGCCCACGCGGCGACUCACCUCCCUGCCCGGCUUCUCAACGUCCCCAGGCGGAGCGCGCGCCUCCCGCACCUGGGCGCGCCGCGCAGAGAACCGAGGGGGCGGGGGAAGCCGCAUUGGCUCUGCCAGCGCACAGGUCCCGCCGCACCUGGUCGGAGGCGAGCCGCGCGUUUCCACCGGGCUGGCCUGUCCUUUUGCAGGGCCAAGCGCCAGCCAGGUGGGCUCCCGUCCCGCGGGCGCCCUCUUCCCCCUUCGAGCUUGCGCGCGCCUCCCCGCGGGCACCUGCGGCUGAGCGAGCGGCAAAGAAAGCGAGGAAGGCGGGCGCGCUGGGCGGGUCCUCGCGCACCUGGCUGGGCGGGGCCGCCAGCGCAGGGACCCCGCCCGAAGGGUGCGGGCGAGCCGGAGAGGAGGAGGAGCGGCCAAGGUGCGUCCGCGCGCGCGUUCCGAGCACACCUGUCAGGCGCGGGCUCGGCGCCACCGCCCUCCCCGCUCCGGCCCUGCAGCAGGUGAAGCUCCCGCCAAGAUGGCCUCCUCUUCCUCGGCCUCCUACGAUGUCCGGCGAGCCCGCAGGGCGGCCGACGCCGCCACUCCCUCCUCCGGGGCGGCGGCGGCGCCGAACAAGCCGGACAACACGGCCUUCACGCAGCAGCGCCUGCCGGCCUGGCAGCCGCUGCUGUCGGCGGGCACGGUGCUGCCGCUCUUCUUCUGCCUGGGCGCGGCCUUCCUGGCCAUCGGGCUGGGCCUGCACUUCUCCUCGGAGGACAUCCAGGAGCGCGAGCUGGACUACACCGGGGCCGCGCCGGGCUCCAACUGCUCGCGCUGCGCCCAAAGCCUGCAGCAGAGCAAGGCCGGCGCGCGCGCCCCCGCCUGCACCUGCGGGCUCGCCUUCCAGCUGGCGCGCGACCUGCCGGCGCCCGUCUGCCUCUAUUACCAGCUCUCGGGCUACUACCAGAACAACCGGCGCUACAGCGUCUCCCGGGACAACGAGCAGCUCAGCGGCUCCGCCUCGGCCCUGCGCGCCCCGGCCGAGGAGUGCAAGCCCUACCGCCGGAGCGCCCAGGGCAGGCCCAUCGCGCCCUGCGGCUCCAUCGCCAACAGCCUCUUCAACGACACCUUUGCCCUCUACCAGGUGCGGGCCGAUGGCUCGCUGGUGAAGGUGCCCCUGGACGAGCGGGGCAUCUCCUGGUGGAGCGACACCAGCCUCAAGUUCCACAACCCGGAGCCCGUCAACGGGAGCCUGAGCCUGGCCUUCGCGGGCACGGCCAAGCCGCCCAACUGGCCCUACCCGGCCUACGACUUGGGCAACCGCACCAACGACACCGACGACAUUGGCUUCGUCAACGAGCACUUCGUGGUGUGGAUGCGCACCGCCGCCUUGCCCACCUUCCGCAAGCUCUACUCCCGCGUCCGCCAGGGCAACUUCUCCGUGGGGUUGCGGCAAGGCAACUACUACCUCAACAUCACCUACAACUACCCUGUCCUUCCCUUCAACGGCACCAAGAAGGUGAUCUUCAGCACGCUCUCCUGGAUGGGGGGCAAGAACCCUUUCUUGGGCAUCGCCUACCUGGCCUUUGGGUCGGCCUGUAUUCUCACGGGCUGUGUCAUGCUGGCAGUGCACUUGAAAUUCAAGGACCAGAAUACGAUGGAUUUGUAGGUAGAACAGUGAAGGUCAAUAGCUUUCAGGAGACCAAAGCAGGCCACAGCGGGCCAGAGUAUUACCUCAUUAAGAGAAUUAGCCCUUCGAAAGAAAAGUCUUCUGCAGUGACAUUUUUGUGACAUUUUGUCUGCUGAGGUGGCCUUAAGUUUGUUUCAUUUCUACACACGAUGACAUGAAGAAUACACACUGCUGGUGGUGUUGGUGUUGACAGUGACUGCCAUACAUCGAAUGGUAUUGGCAGUUCAUUGUCUUGAAAGUGUGGCAAAUGCAAAUUUGGUGCCUUGGGUUCUAGAAUAUUGGGCAUUUCCUUCUACUGGCUUUUCUUCCAUUUGCACAGUUACAUCUGUUGGGGUUUAUGGUAAACUUGAAAUUGAACUGAAUAUAUAACAGGCAGAUCUACAUAUUCUGUAUUUCUGCCAUUGGAUGGAAACUUCUCAAACAUUCUAGCUGUUGGCUAAUAGAACUUCAAACAUUCCUAUUUCUUGAAGUUAGAAUAAAUCUGCCUACAGUGAUACCAAUGUUCUGACAUCUCAGCAGUGUUCCCUCUAAUUAUUUUUUUCCAUCUGUGUGCAGAACAAGUUUUGUUCUGGGUGGCGGUAUCACAGCAGUGUGCGCACAUAUGCAUUCAGAAUGGGGCCUUCCUGAUUCAAUCUGAGUGGGAUCUAAAAUGAACUGAGUGGGAAUUUUUUUUUAAAAGUGUGUCCACACACCUGCGCAUGCCUUAGAGGAAACACUGCACCCCAGUUCUAUAUGAAAUUAGUUGGUAGUAAGUCCUAAUGAUUUCCAGAAAGCAUUCUGUGGCUGCAGACUGAAAAUGGGUUUUUUUCCCUGUGAUGUAUCAAUGGAUCAGAAAUUAUAUACUUAGACUUGCAACUCUGUGAGUAUGAUUCUCACACAUACAUGUAGUGAGAUUAGGAGUGGUUCUUGAACACGCAUGCUUCAUCUCACUGUAUACAGAAAGGAUAUCCCAUAUUGAAAUUGCGUCCAAACCAGGAAAUCCCAGAGUGUUCAUAUUUAUUAAUUAUUUCUCUGUGUAAACUGCCUUGAGCCAUUUUUUGGAAGGGUGGUAUAGAAAUUGAAUUAUUAAUUAAUUAAUUAAUAAUUAGAAUUAUAAUAUAAUAUGAGGAGGAGUAUACAAGCAUAUGGACUGCUUUCAGUCUUGACCUGUGGGGAGGGGGAGAAAUAUCUGAACAGGCUCUAUGCAUGGUGGAAAUGGAAUUUAUGCUCUCAUGUUUUGGGAAGAACAUUAGCUCACAAUGCUAGAUGUUAUAGUUUUGAUGUGGUUUCAGACAUGCACUUAAGUGGCAUGAGAGUAAAUGAAUGAUAUCACCCUCUUAAUGAGGAAGAUUCAUGAAAUCUGUAGUAUUACAGAUGGUGUCAAACACUGGUAUCAUUUUCUAGUCCCUUCUAACUGGGCACAUUUUGAGGAAGUUGUUUUCUUUAUAUUUAGCAGGGAGAGAGCAACUGUCCCUUUUCAACACCAUUCUUUCCGUGGUGGUUGGUGUCUGGUGUCUCUAGUGGUUGUUGGAGUCAACAGCAUUCCUCCAGUGGCUAUUGGUGUCUACCUUUAUAUUUCAUUUCUGAUUGAGAAUGCUUUGGUGAUAGGGAGCCUUGUUACUUCUUGUUUUCCUGUGUAAACUGCUUUGAGAACAUUUGUUGAAAAGUGGUAUAUAAAUAUUUGUAGUAGUGGCAGCACCAUAGCCAAUGUGGGUCCCAUGUAUGCUAUCAUUAAGAUGCGAAUGGGUUCUCUUAAAAAUUAGAUAAUACUACAAAACAUUGUAGUUAGGCCACUGUCCUGAAAUUACUUGCAAACUCAAAUCAACAGGGUGUCUCUGUUUGCAAGCAAUGUUUUAUUUUUUAUUUUAUUUAACACACUUAUAUACUACCCACUACCAAAGGCUCUAGGUGGUUUACAACAACAACACAAAACAAAUUAACACAUUAAAAACCUAUAUAAAAUUUAAAGUUAAAACAAUCAGAAUUCAACUAAAAAUAUCAGCUAAAGCUUAAACUUAAAAGCUUGGCUAAAGAGAUUUUUUAGAGGGGCUAAUAGGGGGAUGGGUCUUACAACAGCUUAUAUUUUUCCCUCUGGAUGGUUUUCCCUCCCUCGUUUUUUCUCUUCCUGUUGUGUGCUUCUAGGCACUGCCAUGUAAAUGCCUUGUUUCUGCCUAGUAGCUCCUUUAAAAUAUUGUUCUGUUGCUCUCUCACUGAUACACUUUUGUAGGGGGUUUAUCUUGAGAGCCAGUUUGGAUCUACAUUUUUAAAUAUUAGCUGUGGAGAUGGAGAGUUGAUCAAGACUGGAUUGCAUAGGGAGGGAGGAUAUAACCCUUUCCUGCUGUGGCCUCAGAAAACUCUGCCCCCCAGAGCAUCAGUCAUGGGAGGGAAGCUUCCGUCAACUCUUAAUGUUGUAAUAAAAUAUGGAAAAGAUGAGCCCCUGCUUAUGACAGGUGUCCAACCUGAGGCUCUCCAGUGGUUGGUUACAACUUCCAUUAUCUAAAGCCUCAAUAACUGUGGAUGUGGAUGAUGGGAGUUGUAGUAUGCCAGCUGGAUUGCCUGGGGAUGGAUACCCUGGUCAGUGAUAAAAGCCAGUGAUUUGUACAAAUGACUAAUUCUCUGCCGCACUUGACCAGAACACCCCUCUUGGUGAGAUGUUUGAUAUGCUUCAGUGGCUUUUUUUUUUUUUUUUUAGGGAAGUGUUUGAUUCUUGAGUCUUAAUACUGGAACUCCUUUAAAAAAAAAAAAUUACUAUAAUCAUAAGAUAAGAUCUGUGGGUCGAAGUUCCUUAUAUGUGAAGUGAAAUCAAGACUACCAUGUAUAACCAAGUUUCUGAACCUUUCAAAAUCUUGUACUAUCCAAGAUUACUUGGGAUUUUUUUGAACGGAUAAUAAAAAUUUUAGUAUGA